AUGACCAUAAUGGUAGGGCUGUGUUUGCCCUCGGAUGUCAAAUUUGAAGCUACGGCCGUAUGUAAUAUUGAACAUGGCGAGGAAGAGCAGGUUAUUGUCAAGGCGACUUCGUCCAAGAUCAUGUAUACGAUGGAUAAGAGGAAUAUCGAGUUUGGAAGAAAGCUAUGCUGUGAAAUAUGCGAAGAAACUAUCACCUUAGCCAAUCCCGGUUACGGUAGCUUCAAGUACCACAUAAAAUGCGACGAUGACUACCCGCCGGACACAGUACCGAAUGCUGGUUGGUUGUGCGUGACCCCGAGAGGUGGUGAAUUGGGUACCGAUGAAGAGGUUGUGUUGCAUAUCAGGUACUUCCCUGGAUUCACAGGAGAAUUCAAGGAAUCCUUUAAAAUGGAGAUCGGCUACCUCGAACCGUUCGAAGUCUUCGUGCACGGUUACAGCGCCCCGGCUCAAAUCAUGAUGAGCCUUCUGAGACCGGCCAUCUUCGAUAUACCACCUGUAGCGCAAUACCUGGCCAUUGCGCGCUUGACUCUUGACUAUUUGAGAUCGCAGACUGUCAAAAGUAUCAAUCUGCCUCGGCAUUCUCGACUCUAUGCACACCAUGAGGCUGACGGAAUAAACUCGGCGAUUUUUCAGCAAAUGGCGAAAGAGUGGGUGAUCGUCACGGAGAGUGAUGUUUACCCGUCAGAAGCCGAUAUCGAGCUAGUAAUAGAACGAGACCUGCUCAACCAGAGGUUAUCAAAUACUUUAGAUAUUUUGCACGAGCAUGUGGUCACCAGGAAGAUUCAUGGCAUUCCUCAGUUUGUGCCCCCCUCAUAUAUUCUUGAUUUUGGAUAUGUCAUACUUGGUAAACCUGUCUGUUACACGGUUUUGAUCGUGAACUAUGGCCCAACUGACACUUUUGUGGGCGUGCGCCUAGGAAAGAAAGCAAGUUCAAUAAACAUUGAGUUUAGAGGGAGGAAGCUCGCUGUCGGAGAAGUGACUCAGUUGUUCGUAGUCUUCAAUCCAACAGUUGAUGAGUUCGGAUUGGAAGAUAGCAUCAUGGAAAAUGAUUUUGCACUUACGCUGAGGCAUGGCGGACUAAUACCAGUUACAAUAAGAGCAAGUGUGUCUCUACCUCGAAUUGAUUUAGGAUGCGAGUGUCUUGAAUUUGGAUCUGUCAAAGUGGGUAGCGCAUUUAGAAGAUCAAUGUACAUCAAAAACAGUGGGUGCUUUGAAGUAAAAUGGUCGAUCAAAGUAACAGCUUCUAACGCGGCAUCUGCAAAUGCUUUUAAGGUCAUCCCCACUAAGGACGACCUACUGCCUGGAAAAAAACAAAUACUGACCAUCAUUUUCAUGCCGGAAAUGCAGGGAUCAUUGAAAGCUGUCAUCGUAGUAGACAUCGAAGGCAACAAAGAACCCGUGCGUUUGAGACUGAUCGGAGAAGGAAUCAUACCUGAGCUAAGCAUCAGCAGAAAUGUAUUGGAAUUUCCCCCUGUAUUACCAUUUGGCAGUGCUGGAACAGAUUCAUUUAUUGUCAAGAACGCCUCACCGUUUCCUGUGGAGUACUGGUUUCCAAAUUACGAUGAAGAAUACAGUGAAGAGCAAUUCCUGAUCCACACCUAUCUCGUCUACCAUAACAUUUCAACGCUUCUAAUACCGGAACGACGACCUGGCGAAAAGCUCCCGGAAAUAUUUAAUAUGACGUUCUCGCAGAUCAAGGACGCGAUCAGACAGAAACUGUUGGAGGCAUCUAAAGAAGAAACCCUUCAAGAUCCGCUGACAAUAUGUGAUAAAGAACAACUCGUCGCCAUGGUUUCUGAUUAUUUGGAUGGUUUGGAAGAUCAUCUCGAAACCGGUGAUACAGACGGUUGGACCACAGUGUGUGACGAGGAAACUAAAUUAUCAAUCAUGGAACCAGUGAAAGUUGAUGAAGAUGCGAAUACCAGGAAUGCAUUUUUUGUGAUAGUACAUGGCGGACCAUCAACAGAAUAUCACAAAGUGGCUUGCACUAUAAGCAAGAAGCUGCGUUUUCCAAUGUACAGCGUAAACUAUAUGAUACUCGAAGAGCUUGUUAAUAACACUUCUCAUACAGCUAAAGAGAUUAAUGCAUGUAUAAACAAACGAAUCGGAAUUGUUCAUGAUCAGCAAAAUUACGAAGAAGAUUUUGGAUUUCCCUUUGAAGACGAGUACGACAUACUGCUGAGGAAAAUAGGAAUGGCACAGACUGGCAAACAAAUACCUAAACAAGAAGCGCCUGCUGAUAAAAAAGGAAAAAAGGGAUCGGAAAAGAGUUCUGGAAAAAGCUCUGAGUUGAAAAGCGGGAAACAAAAAAAGAAAGAUGCUGACGGGCCUACGUUGAUUAAUAUUCCUAUGGAGUUGUUCGUGUCUUUGCUCAAGGAUAAGUUUAGCAGGUUUGAACUCGCAUGUUUAGUUUUCAACUCGCUCUUUAUUUAUGUAUAUUAA